AUGAGUAGCCACAGCCGCUGGACAGCCUACCAUAGUCAUGUCUCUCCGAGUCGUCGUGUGAACAGUUGCGGCUUUGGCAGUAAAACUUUUUCCGAGAUGGACGCAAUCCAGAGGGUAGCCUUAAACAACUACUCUUUUGUCCCAGUAGAGUAUGCUUUAAAACCUGACGUAUCCAACGAAACUUGGAGCAGUGAGCAUGACGAAGCGAACGAAAAGAAAGCUCAAGGGAUCUACGACUCGCUCAUGCGGACAGACAAUGAGAAAACUGAUCAAGCGCGCCAAGAUGAAGCUGGCCUGGGUAUUGGCGAACGAUUCGGGAACUCGAAUUAG